GCAAAAAUAGAUUUGGCUGAAACAAUGGUUGCAGAAGCAGUUACAAAGAAACUAUACGAUGCUGCAACGAUGGGCGAUGUGGCAUCUUUCGAAACACUCGUGCAACAAGAUCCAUUUCUUGUUGAUCAAGUUUCAUUCGCACGUUCAAGAAAUCUCCUUCAUAUUGCAGCUGCAAAUGGGCACGUUGAGAUUGCCGGAAAAUUGUUUUCUAUAGCCCCUGAGAUGUGCUGGUGGGUCGACGAUCAAGGCAUGAACCCGGUUCAUGUUGCUGCCAUGAAAGGGCAUCUUGAUAUCUUGAAGGUUCUGCUUGAGCAUGACUUGUCUCCUGCAAUGGAGAGACUGCAUCGUGGCCAGACUGUGUUGCACUUGUGCGUGAAACAUCAUCAGCUUCGAGCUCUGCGGUUUUUGGUGGAGAGAUUGGGCGAUCUUGCGCGCGCAAAGGAUGAUGAUGGGGAGACACUCUUGCAUUUGGCUGUUAGGUACAAUCAAGUUGAGAUGGUACAAUAUUUGCAAGAAAACAAAACAAUAGAGAAGCUAACAGAGAAUUCCAUGGGCAAAACCGCGCUUGAUAUCUUGCGAGAGCGCUCGCAACACACAUCCACAUAUUCCGAAACCGAAAAAGUCCUACUACGCUUAACCGAGCCGUUCAUUUUCAACGAAUUCCGUGAGGUAACCGACAUGACGAUGGUAGUGGCGGGCCUGAUCGCCACCAUGGCGUUCCAGGCGGCCGUCAGCCCCCCGGGCGGCGUGUGGCAGGAAGACUCGUCAACACACAGCGCCGGCAAAGCAGUGAUGGCAUCUUCUCAUCCGGAUCUGUACAAACAGUUCUCUCGCGCUAACACCACCGCUUUCGUCUCAUCCCUCCUCGUGAUCCUACUCGUGGCCUUCCGAGCGCCGACUAGCGCGCCUGUUUUCGUGAUUAUCAUCUGGUACGCGGCGCUGGUGUCGAUGGCGUCGAUUGGAGUGAGCUAUGGAAUUACCUUUAUCAUGACAAAUCCUGUGGAGACAGUAACGGUUGGCCUGAUUGCUACGAUACUUGUCCUUGUGUUUAUGGGCAUCUCUUUGUUAGUGGGCGCCUAUAGUCAUAUACUGCAGUUGCACUCUGCGUGGAAGAGCACGAAACAGCAUCAAGAAGAUCAGACAUUCGCUCAUCGAAUCUUUCGAUGGUUUGAUCAGAUUAAUUGAUGUGUAAUUUUAGAGUUUUUAUUUCAAUGCACAAUGUAGCUCGAGUUUUGGAAAAUGAUUUCAGUAUUACAACGA